AUUUGAUUGGCUGGAAAUCGGUUCGAUCGUUUAGCGGCCAAACUGAUCUUCAUAAUACAAGGCAAGAAGCGAGGCGAUGUCUAGCGGAGACUAGCGAACUGCGAUAACCAAGCGACCCCGUUUUGAACCCAAACUUUGGCCAUGGAGAAAAUAGCAGAAAGCCGAAAGUGUUUUAAGACAACUGUGUAAUAUAAGCCUGCAGAAUCGAGUAGGUUGUUGGGGUUGUGUAGAUCACUGAGAUAGCCUCGUAGAGGGGGCGGCAUGUUGGUAAUAGGAAUAUACUGCAGCGCCAAACAGCCACACCGACCAUGGCCCUAUUCUUUGUGAUCCUUGCAAGCAUGACAGUGUCAGUGAACGCCAAACUACCACCAGCCCAAGGAGCGGCGGACCAAGACCGCUUGGUGUACGACCUUUUCUCGAAGAACGGGUACAAUCCUCUCAUCAGACCAGUAAAUGAAGUUAACGAUUCCCUCCAUAUAGACUUCAGUUUACAGCUAAGCCAGAUUAUAAGCCUGGAUGAAAAGAACCAGGUGAUGAAGACGAAUGUGUGGCUGCAAAUGUACUGGAACGACACGCAGCUGUUCUGGAACACCGCCGAGUACGGGAACAUCGACUCCAUUAGGAUCCGACCAGAGUCGGUAUGGACACCAGAUAUCGUUCUGUUUAAUAACGCCGACGGUAACUAUGAAGUAACCUACAAGUCCAACUGCGUCAUCUACUCCACUGGAGAAGUCAACUGGAUCCCUCCAGCUAUUUACCAGAGUUCUUGCACAAUCGACGUCGCCUAUUUUCCCUUCGAUCAGCAAGAAUGUGAGAUGAAAUUCGGUUCCUGGACAUUCCAGGGAAACCAGCUGUCUUUUGGGUUCAAGGGAGGACGAACAAAGCUGGAUCUGACAGAUUAUCUGAAGAGCGGUACCUGGGAUUUGAUUGAUUGUCCGGGAACCAUUGUGAAUGAAACAAAUGGACGUGAAAUACGCAAAUUGAUUAUUUUCAAAUUCAUUCUAAGGAGGAAGACCUUGUUCUACACAGUGAACCUUAUCAUCCCGUGUGUUCUCAUCAGCUUUGUCAGCGUCUGUGUGUUCGCAUUGCCCGCAGAUGCCGGAGAAAAAAUCACUCUGUGUAUAUCCAUCUUGCUGGCUUUGGUCGUGUUUUUGUUGCUAGUCUCAAAGAUCCUUCCUCCUUCCUUGAGGAUACCUUUGAUAGCCAAAUAUUUACUAUUUACGUUUAUCAUGAAUAUUAUAGCCAUCUUGUCGACUGUUGUUAUAAUUAAUAGAAAUUACAGGACCCCUCGUACUCAUCAGAUGCCAGAUUGGGUGCGAAAGAUAUUUCUUUACUAUAUUCCAAAGAUUUUACUCAUGGAAAGACCGGAUCAUGAUGAACGGUGGAAGAAGAAAGAGAUUACUCCGCCACCGUCGUAUCAGAAUACACCAGAAACAAGGCGGGUACCUCUGAAUAUGACCUCAGACCUCCUAGAACUAACGGAGAUCCACCACCCUCACUGCAAAUUGAAUCCUCCGCUAGACCGCGGGAAUGGCAUUGAUGACGGGGAAGAAGCGUUCAGGAUGACGCCUGACCUCUACAAGGCAACAGAAGCAGUGAGAUUCAUCUACAAGCACUUGAAAACAGAGGAAGACUAUGAAACAGUGCUCGGUGACUGGAAGUACGUGGCACGGGUUCUGGAUCGGAUGAUGCUGCUCAUUUUUCUCUUCGUCACGUUCGGUGGAACAGUUGGGAUCCUUGUCAACGCGCCACAUAUUCUCGAAUAUGUAGACCAAGAUAAAAUUUUGGAGGGCUUGAGAGGAUAAAGACGUCAUUUUACGUGAACGCUGGCACCACCCUUAGGUUGCUAAGAGACCGACAACAGGGUGUUUUCACGUGAAAAUUGUCUGGUCACGUGACACAGAGUCACAGCCCCUCUUGAUCACGUUGGAAACCUUUGCAAGGACGUGCAAGUCUGUGACAGGUAUGACGUCACGAUGACGUCAUAAAUGAAAGCUGGACGAUCGUGCAUUAAUGCAAAUGGUGUUUGAGGCCUAACACCAAGGGUCUCCAAGGGUCUCCAAGGGUGAAGUGUGUAUGUUGUCUUAUGCAACGGAUGUCGACUUGUUCUUCAUCCAACCCUUGACCUUUCCAUGUUUUCAUAAACAUGAAUGGCGGGUCACUGUUUGAAGCGAAAUGGGUAUUAUAUAAUCCCGUCUCCUAGUUUUCCCCGUCGUAAUUCUGUGUACACACAAUGGGGUUCGAGGAAUAAUCAUCAUGAAUGCAAAUGGUCUUAAUUCUCAAAAUGGAUUCUCACGAGUGUUUUUGUUUUCAAUACGUUGUUUACUUUGUAGAGGAUAUUUAUUUCAUGUGAUAGAUGGUACAAUUCUCUGACAAUGUCAGCAGGUUUGACAUUGUGAUUGGGCUAGCGUAGAUUUACCAGUGAAGAUGUUUUGAUACAUAAUUAUUGUUAUGCUAUUCACAAUAGUCUACGCCAGUAAACGGUGGGUAAAUAUCAUCGGGUUAUUGUUGACCAACACAUGAAAGCAUGUUUAAGAUGGUUUUACAUGUGAAUUAUACGUUUGGUCAUUUUAUUGGAGUUGAGUACUUGACAAGUAAUACAUACACAUUAACGCUUGUUAAAUUAAGAUCUGUUAGACAUACAUUUUAUUCAGGCGUGUUUUGGUGAAGUGUUGUGGACUGAUAUGUCAUAUAUCCAUAUUCCAAUGUUAAUGUCUGGGUUUAAUAGAAUAUUAUACAACCGAUCUGCACUAUUUAUGGAGUCAACAAAAAUACAAGUUACAGGAUUUGGAAACGGUCAACCGAUGUGCAGCUAGGCAGAAUUUAGAUCGGGUUCGAAUUUUAUAGCAAAUGUAUAACGAGGGACGCAUCUAUUUUACCCGUGCACUGUUACUACAUACUACGAUUGUUAUAAGCGAAAACAUGAUACCUUUAUUUCUAAAACACUCAGACAAGUAAUUCAGGGUUGACUGUAAAAUGUGGAAUGAAUGUAGGCAAAAGGCACUAAAAAUGGUUGUAAAUUACUCUGAAGCAAUAAUUUAUUUGCACGCGAGUUCUUAUUUUGUUGGUGCAAAUAUUGCCAUUUGCGCGGGUAUCUGUUCACACUAUUGCCCUAUGUUACUUAUAUCCUAUUGUGUUUCUCUGUAGACAUCCCUUUCGUUAGCUCACUUGGUCAGCAGGUGGGAGUCUGUCUUUGGUGGCGGUCUCAGACAUUUUAUCUCAUAAUCUCUAGUUGACGUCCCGAAUGUUGUGUGUCCAAACCUGGGUUGGCUUUAUAUUAAAACCAUUUUUAGAAGCUGAA